CCAUGCUACUAUGCCACCAUGCUGCAAUGCGACUCCCUCCUCCCUCUUCCAAUCAUUGAUCUAUCUACUUCUUCUCCCUCCUUCGCACCCAACCUCUCUCUCGUCACUCUUUCCACAUCAACAACUUAGUUACUUUUAACUUACUUCUGUUUUUUCUGCGCUUUCUUUCAUUAAUCGCUCUCUUUAGACCUUUUUUAAAAUCAACCAUCGUUUUUUGGCCCUAGGCCUACUUCUCGUCGCUCACUCAUCGCAAGAUAUCCAUUUUGGCAAGGUGCGCUGUCUUACAAGAGGUGGUAACAAAAACCGGUUUUUUCGACACAUCUUAUUAUAAACAGCAACCCGAGACUUAUAUCUACCAAACGGACACCAGUCUCGCGAAUCAACUUACGCCUAUAGAAACCUACAGUAACUUUGGAUCGAUCACCAGAUUAACCAUGUUUAUGAAAUCUGCUCUCGUCGCUUUAGGCGGCGCAACCCUUGCGGCCGCCGUCACCCCUCUCGAGGUUCAAGGUAGCCAGUUUGUCGACUCGAAAACUGGCAAUGCCUUCCAGGUAGUCGGUAUGGCUUAUCAAAUCGGUGGAAGUGCCGGUUAUGACCCAAGCCAUGGAAAGGACCCUCUAUCUAAUGGUGACAUCUGCAAGCGGGAUGCUGCGCUCAUGCAACAACUCGGUAUCAACACUGUCCGAGUUUACAACUUGGACCCCAACUUAAACCACGAUGACUGCGCCAGUGUUUUCAACGCUGCGGGUAUGUACAUGAUCAUCGACGUCAACUCGCCCUUGGAAGGCGAGUCCCUCAGAAGUGACCAGCCCAAGCAAUCCUAUAACUCGGGAUACUUGAACCGGACCUUCGCCAUUGUUGAGGCUUUCAAGUCUUACCCCAACACCCUUGGUUUCUUCUCCGGUAACGAGGUCAUCAACGACGUCAAGACUGGGUCUUCCGUUCCCCCUUACGUCCGUGCCGUCACUCGUGACCUGAAGAACUACAUCAAGAACCAUGCCGACCGUGCUAUUCCCGUUGGAUACUCUGCUGCUGACGUCCGUGAUGUCCUCGAGGAUACCUGGAACUACUUCCAGUGCGCCAUCGACGGCGACGCCGAUGACAUGUCUCGUGCCGAUAUGUUCGCUCUAAACAGUUAUUCGUGGUGCGGUGACAGCAGCUUCCAGAAGUCCGGAUACGACACCCUCGUCGACAUGUUCAAGACUACCUCCGUCCCUGUCUUCUACUCCGAGUUUGGUUGCAACACUCCUUCUCCCCGUGUCUUCACUGAGAUUGGUACCAUCUACGGUUCCCAGAUGGCCGGUGUCUUUUCCGGUGGUGUUGUCUACGAAUGGGCUCAGGAGGACAACAACUACGGUCUCGCUACCUGCAACGAUGACGGCACUGUUGAGCUUUUGAGCGACUACAAGACUCUUCAGGACCAGUACAAGAAGGUCGACUUCACCAAGGUCCAGAGCGUCAAGGCUGCCAACUCCAAGGUCACUGCCCCUACUUGCAAGUCUAGCUUGAUCAAGGAGAAGGGAUUCGCCAACGACUUCGACAUCCCUGCUGUUCCGUCAGGUGCUCAGUCCCUCAUUGACGAUGGUGUUUCCCCCGCCCCCAGCGGUAAGAUUGUCGAUAUCAGCGACUACACCGUCAACCACCAAGUUAAGGAUGCCAGCGGCAACGUCAUCCAAGGCCUUGCUGUCAAGCCCCUUGCUGAUGACGAGACGAACGCCUCCGGCACUAGCUCUUCCAGCUCCGACUCUACCCAUAACGCUGCUGCCACGUUAGCGCCCCAAGGUGCUCUAUCCGCGGCAGCUAUCAUCGUCCCAGCGAUUGUCGCACUGUCUUUCACAGCGGGUUUCUCAUUGAUCUAGACAGUCAGUUGAAUAGUCCACUGAAUAAUGAUUGUUUUUUGUGUGCAUUCCCACUUAGAAUAGCACCGGGGCAUGAUGGUGUUUUUUUUGACGCGCUUUAUUCCCCCUUUGUAAUUGAUGUUUUUUCGGUCCGUAUGGCUUGGGGAGCAAAGGCUUCAGCUUUGUAUCUUAGGUUGCAUAUGCGCAGUUGUGCAGUACAUAUGAGUAACUUUGACAUUUUACCAAUCAUUAUUAUGGCUACUGUGAUCGUUUCGUGAUUCGUGCAACUGUAAGAUAUUAUGGAAAAGGGGGCUCGGCUACUAGAUCCAUAGAUCUUGAUUCGCUUCCCUGUCUGAUUUGCCCCAUCGAUUUAAAGAACACCGAUCUUCACU